AUGACUACAGAUGAUGCUCAGGCGAUAUUGAAGGACUUGACUGAGUUGGAAUUCCCUAAGUUCUUCGGAUUCUCCAUCAUCUUUGCGCUUUUCAAGACAUACGGAAUACCAAGCGUGUCCUCCCUUCUCGUUGCUACUGGGCAGCUUGUAGAUGUCGAAACGGCAUCCAAACGAAUAGCAGACACCGGAGUCCUGCUGCUAGAGUUCGCACUCAACGAGCCAACAUCCGAGAGAGCCACCCAAGCAAUAGCUCGCAUGAACUACUUGCAUGCAGGUUAUCAAAAGGCUGGAAAGAUCACGAACGAUGAUAUGCUGUACACCUUAAGCUUAUUCGCUUUAGAGCCGGCGAGAUGGGUUAGAAAGUACGAGUGGCGAAAGUUGACGGAGCUAGAACUUUGUGCUUGCGGAACCUACUGGAAGAGCAUGGGCGAUGCUAUGGAUAUAUCAUACUCGAUCCUGCCUUCGUCAAUACCUGGGUGGAAGGACGGACUACAAUGGUUGGACGAGGUGGAAGCAUGGAGCUUAAGAUAUGAGGAGGCAUACAUGGUGUAUCACACCAUAAUUAAUGGCGUACUGGGAGUCCGAAAGCUACUGCUCCGUUAUCUCGCCCUUCCUCGCCCUGAAAUGAUGAGGAAGCACUACAUUCCCUCGGGACCAGAUCAAUCCACUGGACGUUACAAUGCUGUCGAGUAUUUAUCCUAUCCGUGGUAUGUUGAGCCAACUUUCUCAACGCGCUGGGGCCCAAGGUCCUGGAUUACUCGCCUUGUGGGUCGCAAAUUACCAGGCGAUGAUGGAAACAAAUAUCUUCCUGAGGGUUGGACUCAUACUGAGAUCGGGCCGAAAGCUUUGAGGGGCAAAGGUAUCGAAUACAUGGACGAGGAUCGCAAACGACUAAAUUCCCGAAAACGAGGUGGCUGCCCAUUUGCGUUGGGCUAA